AUGUCCUGGUCGUCUUGGCUCCAGUCAGGUGUAGCGGCCAUCACCGGCUCACAAGAACCCGUCUACGGCGAAGAGGCAAUCCACUCCAUUUGCGCGACCGUGACGCCUGAGACUGCCUAUACGGAGCUUGACGCGUCAGACUACGCCUGGAUCGCGCCAGAAUGGGGCUCUAAUGUCGAGACGCAGACGUUCUACAUUGCAGCCGACUCGGGCCAUGUCUGCUUUGCGCAAAUCAUCCAUUCUAAUCCAACGGGUCUCGCGUAUACAGCGCAAUUUACAUGCCGUGUCUUUGACCCGAGCAAUCCGCAAGCCAACAUAUGGACCAGCACAACACUCGAGGACUGGAAUACCAAAGAUGAUGCAUGCAGGUCGUUCAAGGCCAAAGGUGUCUCUGUUAUGCUCAACGAGGAUAACACAGCAUACACACUCAAGAUCACAGUCAAUCCACAAACCAUUGUCAACUUUACCAUGACACGCGUGUCACCCGGCUUCAAGAUUGGUGCUGAUGGUGCGACUCUUUUUGGGCCAGACAAGGCCAAGCCAUGGGGUUCCAUGAAACACCUCUUUUGGCCACGCUGUAAAGUAGAAGGUGUCAUUCUCGUCAACGGUGCUCCCGUGGAUGUCAAGGGUCGAGGACUCUUUAUCCAUGCGCUACAAGGCAUGAAACCGCAUCACGCAGCUCGCAAGUGGAACUUCUGCAACUUCCAGGGCAAAGAUCUCUCUGCCACGAUGAUGGAAUUCACCACACCAGAGAGUUAUGGGAAUACAACCAUCAAUGUUGGUGGUCUGGCUAAGGAAGGCGUUGUUCUUGCUGCCACGAUUGACAACGAGGUACGGCACAAUGCAACCAAGCUGGAUGAAGAGACUGGAUGGCAGCAACCAACAGAGAUGGUCUUUAGCUGGCGUGGUGUUGAAACAGCAGAGCACAGUGAGGCGAGAAGACCUGUCACGGCACACUUGUCUUUGCAGUCGGAAACGCUGCUUGAACGUGUAGACGUCCUGGCUGAGAUUCCGCCGUGGCUCAAGAAGGUGGUCCAUGGUGUGAGCGGUACGCGGCCCUUCAUUUACCAGUAUGCCAAGCCGGCGACGCUUGAGGUACAGAUUGGGGAUGAAAAGGUGACGGACGAGGAACCCAGUACCCCUAGAGUCCUUCGCAGUCAAACAGCCGCUGCAGCCGCCAGCAAUACACCUGUCGCACAAGAAGUACAAGCGGCAACACAUCAAGACAAGCCGUCAGCAUCAGAACCCGCAGCAGAGCCCAUGUCAGAAUCCAAACGGCGCUCGUCACGCAAACAUUCAAAUCGCCACGAUGAGCUGCUUGAACUGGAACAGUCGGCAGGUGCGUCGUCUGCGCAGCCAGACGAGGUGUAUGAGGAAGAGUAUGAGGAGCACUACGAUGAGGAAGAUGACCGUUAUGAUGAGGAUGAAGAGGCAGAAGCACAUUUCAUGCAGUCUGCUCGUGGACUUACCCUCAACGCCAUGGCAGGCCUCUUCAGUGGGCAGGCAGGACAAUUCAAGAAUUGCCUACAACAGCUCAAGGCGCAAGAUCCGUCGAUACAGCUCAUUGCUCUGUCGGAGCUUGCCAACAUCUUGUCCAUGAGCACAGAAGAUUCCCUUGCUGGCUUCUUUCAGAUCGACGCCUUUGUUUCUGAGCUUGUCAAAAUUAUGAAAGGGCCUGAUGCAUUUGGUGAGGAAAACUCUGAGCUCAUGCUGCUAGCAUGCAGAUGCUUGGCAAAUCUCAUGGAAGCACUGCCCCCAGCAACAGCCAAUGUGGCGUAUGGCAAUGCCGUUCCUGUCUUGUGUCAAAAGCUUUUGGAGAUUCAAUACAUUGAUCUAGCAGAGCAAGCCCUCUCUACGCUUGAAAAGAUCUCAAAAGAUUACCCAAGCGCGGUCGUCAAAGAGGGAGGUCUUGCCGCUUGCUUGACCUAUCUUGACUUCUUCAGUACAAGCGUCCAGCGAACUGCAGUCAACACAGCCGCCAACUGCGCAAAGGGCGUCUCUGCAGAGUCAUUUGGCAUUGUGCGUGAUGUCAUUCCAACCUUGCAGACGGUCAUUGCAGGGAGCGAUGCAAAGGUCGUGGAAGCAGGUUGCCUCUGUCUCACCCGCCUUAUCGAGUCUUUUCAGCACAACACAAAGCAUCUUGAAGAGCUACUCGAGCCGAGCCUCACACAAACAAUCCUCGCCAUUCUCGAUCCGAUGAACGCCACAGGUAGCACCCUGAGCGAGCACACGCAAACGCGAUUCCUGCAUGUGUUGGCCCUCGGUGCCAAAGCAUCCCAGCUCCUUGCUGCACGUCUCAUUAGCUCUGGCCUCAUUUCGACUCUUUACCAGCUGCUGACCUCGCUCGAUGUGCCAGACACGGUCGAAGGUCUUGUUGAAAACUCAGUUGUUGUAUUGCAGGCCCUCAUCCAUCAUCCACGCGAACAGAUUGCAGCAAUUCUAUCCCUCAUCUCUGCUAUACUACCAGGCUUGCCAAGCGAAGAAUACUACAUUGGCUUGAUGGCACCACAACGCAGUGCGAAUGACAAUCGUGCGGAACUAUUUGAGAGGGAAUGUCCAGAGCAGUAUGAACGAUUCGCGCGGAUCGUAUUACCGACAUUACUUGACAUGUACAAUGCCACCGUCAAUGCGGCUUUGCGUCGCACGUGUCUGCUUGCGCUGCUCAAGCUUGUGAGCAAUCUCAAGCCAGAGGUUAUGGCGCGUGUGGUGCACAAUGUACCGCUUGCAGUGUUUAUCGCAGGACUUCUGGGCUCUGCCGAUGAGAACCUUAUUCUUGCUGGCAUUCGCUUGUCCAAUUUACUGCUUCAGCGUCUCGCAAGCAUCUAUGCAAACAAGUUGGCCGUCGAAGGCUGUGUCGAUGCCAUUGAAGCCUUGCAGUCGCAAUACGCCAAUUUGCCCGAGACAAAGUCUAUGCCAAUCAAGCCGCCUGCUGAGCGUCGUCAUACUCACGAAGACGAUGAAGAUCAGGAAGACAUCCACGAUGACGACCUUGAUGAUGUUGACGAAAUGGACGACGAUGAAGACAUGUCUGAAGAAUCGGACGUUCAACAGCCAGAGUCACACAUGAUAUACUCUGCUGCUUCUGACUUUCUGAAACAAUACAAAUCUGUUGAUGGAGGCGAUGCGACAAGGGAAUCGACUCUUGCAACAUUGUCGGACCUCGCUGAACGCUUAAAGUCAACAGAUAUUGAGACGGCUUUGAAAGACUUUGGUGACAUGCUUGCAAAACAACCAGUCUCUUCGUACUACCUUGAAAAGUCUGGCAUACUCGGCGCUUUGCUCACUGCGCUCACCAACGACUCGAGCGUCCAAAAUCGUCGAUUGUUCGCCAAGCACUUUAGCUCUGCAACUCUCCUUGUGAGCAAACUCCAGCAGCUUCUUUCGCGUGCGGAAAAAUUUGAAGUGGCAACGAGCUCAGCCGGUGACGAGCGUCGAUCCGCAAGCAUCCUGGCAAAGCAACUCAAGCUCAAGUUGGUCGCAGGAGAUGAUAUUCCACGGCCCUUUAGGAUGCUCAUGGUGUCGAUUCAUGCUAUUGCCACAUUUAAAGCGCUGGAUGACUACCUCCGACCGCGCAUUGCUGUUGCCAAACCCUCCAACAACUCUGGAGUCGCUGCACUCGCUCAGCUCACAAGCGCGAGCGCCGCUGCCGGCCCGAUUGGUGAAACGUCAGUUGACGAGGAUGAGGCGGCAGUCAGCGUUGAAGUGUCUGGUGGCAAGGCUAUUGCCAAGACUGCCGAUGGCGAAAAGAUUGCUACGCCUCGUACAAGCACCCCCGAUACGAGCACGCCACGCAAGCAAGCGCUCAGCUAUUCAGCGGCAUUACAAGCAAGUCCAAAAGACUGGCACUUGCAAUUUGAAGUGGAUGGCCAGAUUGUUGCGCAUGAUACGACUAUCUACGGAGGUGUCAGUCAGCCAGAUCGCAAUUUGCAGCGCAUCUACGAAGUCAAAUUCCGCAAAGUAGCUGGACCCGCGCCUGCGCCUGUUCAAGUGUCUGAAGAGCGUUCGCUGGGCUUGCCCGCGUCUGUGCAGAAUGACUCAGCUGCUCCAAUCCUCGAGCUUCUCAAGGUCCUCCACGAUAUGGAGACAUUACCUCCAGCCAGCUUUGUCAAUACCAAGCUGACUGCAAAGCUCAAUCGUCAGCUCGAAGAGCCGCUGAUUGUGGCGUCCUCAUGUCUGCCGCCAUGGUCCUUGGACUUGCCAAGACACUUUCCAUUCUUGUUUCCCUUUGAAACGCGCUACCUCUUCUUGCAAAGCACUAGUUUCGGAUACUCUCGCAGUAUGUCGCGUUGGCAAUCUCAAGCAAAGUCCGACGACGAUACUCGGCCCUUCCUCGGUCGUUUGCAACGUCAAAAGGUGCGCAUUUCGCGUCCAAGACUCUUGGAGAGUGCCAUCAAGGUAAUGGAGCUGUACGGUGCGAGUCCUUCAGUGCUUGAAGUAGAAUACUUUGAUGAAGUUGGCACUGGCCUUGGUCCCACACUAGAGUUCUACUCGUCUGUGUCUUUGGAAUUGUCAAAGAAUCGCUUGCAUCUCUGGCGCGCAGAUGACGAAGAAGCGGAGUAUGCAUUCAGUACAGCAGGACUCUUCCCGGCGCCGUUGCCUUCCUGCAAUGAAGAAAAGACCAAAGUCACCUUGGCUUUGUUCAAGAUGCUUGGAACAUUCGUUGCUCGCAGUAUGCUAGACUCGCGCAUGAUUGACCUGGCACUCUCCCCUAUGCUCUUCAAGGUGGACUUCACGCCAACUUGGGAGGAUGUUGCGCAGGUAGAUCCUGCCCUUGGCAAGUCGCUUGCAUUGCUCGCCCAAUUUGCAGAUGCUUAUCAGGCUGUGCUUGAUGCAGACAUGACAGACUCGCAGCGUGGCAAGGCGGUCCGUGCCAUCACCUUUGAGAACUGCACUGUGGAAGAUCUUGGCCUUGAUUUUGCAUACCCGGGCAAUCCAGAGGUGGAGUUGAUGCCUGGUGGCUCACAAGUCGAGGUGACCAUUCACAAUGUCGCCGACUAUGUGACCAAAGUCACGGAUGCGACGCUUGGCAGUGGCGUUGCUAGACAAAUUGCUGCAUUCCGCAAGGGCUUCUCGGCUGUGUUUCCUUACAGCGCACUGCGUGCCUUUACGCCUCUCGAGCUGUCCAUGUUGUUUGGUUCAGGGGAAGAAGAUUGGUCGGCCGAGACGCUGGCCGAUAAUAUCAAAGCAGAUCACGGCUACACGAUGGACUCCAAGACCAUCCAGAACCUCAUCAGCGUGCUGUCGCAGCUCGACAAGAUUGACCGACGUGCCUUUUUGCAAUUCAUUACUGGUUCACCCAAGUUGCCCAUUGGCGGUUUCAAAGCACUCACGCCGCAAUUCACCAUCGUAUGCAGACCGCAUGAGGCGCCCAUGACGGCAGACGAUUAUUUACCGUCUGUUAUGACGUGUGUCAACUACCUCAAGAUGCCAGAUUACUCUAGUCGCGAGGUGUUGCAGACAAAACUCGUCUUGGCUAUGCGAGAGGGGUCCGGUAGCUUCCAUUUGAGUUAG